GUUCGUGAUUUCUACGAGAGCACCCUUCUCUCGCCAACCAUAUCACUGAAGGAGAAGGCGGAGAUGGCUUUGCAUAUUGCAGGUCGGUGGGAGCAAAUCGAUCAGUCGUCUUCCGCUCUUUCCACAUAUACGACUGUUCAUUCAGAGCUCAACACCAGUGAACUUUCUAACGCCGUGCGCUCCCGUUCAAUGACGCAAAUUACGCGUCCCACCGCUCUAACGUCUGAAGACGGCAUGAAAGGCGCCUCUAAAGACCAGACCUCAACCAUGACAAGGUCUUUCGGUCGUCUUGAAUUGAAUCGCACGCAACAUCGUCAUCACCACCACUCUAAACGCAAAACUAUUUCCACUUCUAACCAUCAUCUAACAGAAACUCAAGAAUCCCCCAUCUUUGACGAUGACGGAAGUUCACAGUCACCGAGCUUUACUUCCGCCUCCCUUUCGAAUGCGUCGUCUUCGAAACGUUUUCAGGGGAGCGAGUUUUCACCCACUUUUCGAGUUCAACUCAAAAGAGGACCUCGCGGAUUUGGAUUUUCGAUAGCUGGUGGUAUUGAUCAGGAACCUCCUUUGCCUAACAUUAACCCCCGUUUCGUCUAUGUCGCUAGAAUUACACCUGGAGGUGUUACUGAUACUGACGGUCGUCUCAAGGUUAAUGAUAUCCUUCUUUCCGUCAAUGGCUUCGGUUUAGUUGGUCUUCCACACUUGAAGGCCGUGACCGUCUUUGAACAAGCCGGCCCUUACCUCGACUUGGAAGUUCAACGACCUAUCCCCACUCUCUCUGUCGAACCCACUCAACCACCAAUUAAAUCUUGUGUCUCGCCGCAAAUAUCCGCUACCACUGGGUUGCUUAACAACGCGUCUCAGAGGUUUCAAGGCCAUGGAAGUUCAGGCUCCCAAUCCGCAGCAAUCCGGUCCCGUAUUACAGCUCUGUCUCGUUCUCACUGCAUGAUUCUUCCAGCCACCUCGGCAUCACCUUCUCCGUCACCUUCCAGAGGUACUACUGAAUCAAGCGGAGCUCAACCAACCACCAUUUCACCACUCUCUUCCCUCUUCACUUCUUGCCAAUACCCUGCAAAUCCUUCAGGAGUUCCAAAGAAAUCCACCGUGUCGGAUGAAACUCUAGGAGUUGGAAAAGUGACUCUAAAUAGAGAGGAAAAGGAGGGUGACGAUGAUACUGUUUGGCUUUAUGAUCCGGAGCAGACAACAAGUGGUCGCUCACUUACACAGAAUACUACUCAUAACGAUAUCGUCAAACGGGAAUCGCAUGCAGACACCGUAACCAGUGUCCUUAAUACAGCCGUUGACGAUAGUGUAUCAUCAAGAUCCUCGCUUGCAGAGCCAAAGAAAAGAUUACAUCACGCGAAGAAGCACUCUGCCCCAGCGACUCCAAGUGCAGAGGAGUGGGAGUUGUUGACCCGACCUCAACCUGAUCCCAUCCCUGGUCCAAUUAUUGUGGAGGUACCUCUGGUGAGGGGAACUAGUAAUGGAUUUGGUUUCAGUAUUGCUGGUGGAGUAGGUUCCGAAUUUCUGGAAGGCGACUCGGGCAUAUUUAUUACUCAGGUAAUUUUUAUGAUCAGCGUUCAAAACUGUACAAGAUUACCCAUUCUAUCUGCUUUGAUAGCAAUUUUCACUUAUUGA